CUUUGCACAUCUAUUGCGUCUUUUCCUUAUCUCUUUCAAAACAUCUUCACAUCACAUGCUUUGUUUUCAUUUUGCUCUGCUUUUUUAGUGAAUGGCUACUCUAAGUGAUAUUGGGGUGUCAGCAUUAAUCAAUAUUCUGAGUGCAUUUGCGUUCUUGUUGGCUUUUGCUCUGUUGAGAAUUCAACCAGUUAAUGACAGAGUUUACUUCCCAAAAUGGUAUAUCAAUGGAGAGAGAGCAAGCCCAAGAAGGGGUGGGAAUUUUGUGGCGAAGUUCGUCAACCUCGAUUUCAAGACUUAUCUUACUUUCUUGAACUGGAUGCCUCAAGCUUUGAAGAUGAGUGAGACCCAGCUUAUCAACCAUGCUGGCCUUGAUUCUGCUGUUUUCCUUAGAAUUUACACUCUUGGCUUAAAGAUUUUUGUGCCCAUAGCUGUUGUGGCCCUUCUAAUCCUUAUUCCAGUGAAUGUGUCAAGUGGAACAUUAUUUUUCCUGAGGAAAGAAUUGGUUGUGAGUGACAUUGAUAAGCUUUCGAUAUCAAAUGUUCCCCCUAAAUCUAUAAGGUUUUUUGUUCAUAUUGGAUUAGAAUACUUGUUCACAAUUUGGAUUUGUUACAUGCUCUACAAGGAAUAUGAUAAUGUAGCAACAAUGAGGUUGCAUUUCUUGGCCUCUCAGCGUAGGCGUGCAGAACAGUUCACUGUAGCUGUGAGGAAUGUGCCGCAGAUUCCAGGUCACUCAAUAGCAGAUUCUCUAGACCACUUCUUUAAAACAAAUCACCCUGAUACUUAUCUUUGUCACCAGGCAGUAUAUAAUGCAAACAAAUUCGCUUCACUGGUGAGGAAAAGAGAUAGGCUUCAAAAUUGGCUGGACUAUAAUCAAUUGAAGUUUGAAAGAAACCCGGAGAAGAGACCAACAAAAAAGAUAGGUUUUCUUGGGCUAUGGGGUGAAAGAGUUGAUUCCAUUGAUUUCUACAAACAACAAAUAAAAGAAUUUGAUAAAAGAAUGGAACUAGAGCGCCAGAAAGUUCUCAAGGACUCCAAAUCUAUCCUGCCUGUUGCUUUUGUAUCAUUCAAAUCACGUUGGGGGGCUGCUGUUUGUGCCCAGACACAACAAAGUAAAAAUCCUACACUGUGGUUAACAGAUUGGGCUCCGGAACCCCGUGAUGUUUAUUGGCGAAAUCUGGCAAUACCAUUUGUCUCUUUGACCAUUCGGAAGCUAAUUAUAUCAUUAUCAGUAUUUGCCUUGGUAUUUUUCUACAUGAUACCCAUCGCAUUUGUGCAAUCUCUUGCAAAUUUAGAGGGUCUGGAAAGAGUUGCUCCCUUCCUUAGGCCAGUUAUAGAACUGAAAUUCAUCAAAUCUUUCUUGCAAGGUUUUCUUCCCGGCCUUGCUCUUAAGAUCUUUUUGUAUGUUCUUCCUACAAUUUUGAUGAUCAUGUCAAAAAUUGAGGGACAUAUAGCUAUAUCAACUCUUGAACGACGAGCAUCAGCAAAGUACUAUUAUUUUAUGUUGGUGAAUGUGUUCUUGGGGAGUAUAGUGACUGGAACAGCUUUUCAGCAGUUGCACUCGUUCCUUCACCAACCACCAACCCAGAUCCCUAGGACCAUAGGGGUGUCAAUACCAAUGAAGGCCACUUUCUUUAUUACAUAUAUAAUGGUUGAUGGAUGGGCUGGUAUAGCUGGUGAAAUUCUCCGACUAAAACCAUUGGUUAUUUUUCAUCUCAAGAACAUGUUUUUGGUGAAGACUGAAAGAGACAGAGAAAUGGCCAUGGACCCUGGCAGUGUGGACUAUCCGGAAACUCUCCCAAGUCUCCAACUCUACUUCCUUUUGGGAAUUGUAUAUGCUGUAGUUACUCCCAUUCUUCUUCCUUUUAUACUAGUCUUCUUUGCCUUUGCCUACCUGGUUUACCGUCAUCAGAUAAUUAAUGUCUACAAUCCCCAGUACGAGAGUGGUGCUGCAUUCUGGCCACACGUGCACAGCCGCAUAAUAGCAAGCUUAUUGAUCUCUCAACUUCUAUUGAUGGGCCUGCUCAGUACAAAAGAGGCUGCUAAUUCAACUCCCCUGCUUGUUAUCUUACCAAUAUUGACAUUAUCCUUCCAUAAGUAUUGCAAGAGCCGCUUUGAACCUGCAUUCAGAAAGCAUCCACUGGAGGAAGCAAUGGCAAAGGACUUAUUGGAUCGGACAACUGAACCUGAUAUAAACUUAAAAGCAUUCUUAGCUGACGCUUACUUGCACCCAAUUUUCCGAUCUUUCGAGGAAGAGGAGUUGGUAGAGAUCAGAGUUGAUAAAGUUAGAGUUGAUAGACACCAAUCUUAUGCCGACAAUGCCCAAAGCAGAGAUGAUAUCAGUUCCCCCUCCCCACCUCAUCAUGCAUAUCAUCCAACCUCCCCUCCUCACCAUAGCUAUCAUCAGCCCACCACCUCUCCACCCCAAGAUAUCUAUCACCAUGGCAUUCCACCCCAAUAUGAUUAUAACCAUUAUGGCUAUCAUUAUGAAGCAGAGUCAUGGACUUCAAGGGACUAAAAUGCUUAGAAAGAAUCUUAACCAAUUUGUCCAAUCUCAUAACUUACCACCAGUUACUAGUAGGCAUUGAUGAUGAGUUCUUUCCUUUCCUGUAAUUAUUAUUAUUUAGAUGAAGUACAUAUGGUUCUAUCAGUUUGAAGGCAUUCUUAUUAGAAAUUAUGUUGAAGUUCCAGCAUGCUAAAUCUGGUGUCUGCAAAAGAAGUGAGAGAUGUUCCGAGUUUCGACCUGUUUGAAGAUUUGAACUUCCCUUUGUUACUCGGUUGUAAUUGUUGAUACUUUGGUUCAAUGAUUUUCUUUCCUCCUUUAUUUGUAAAUUAUUGAUUUGUCAAUGUAAAAUGACUUUAACAUA